AUGGAGGCCGAAGCUCUGUACAGCUUCAAAGCUACAGAAUGGGACGAGCUCAGUUUUCACAGGGGCGACAUCAUGAAGGUGACCAACAUGGAUGAGGAUCCAAACUGGUACAUGGCAGAACUGUCAGGGCGGAGGGGCUACGUACCCAAAAACUACAUCAAUGUAAAACCUCACCCGUGGUUUGUGGGUGGAAUCUCCCGCCAGGCUGCAGAGGGUCGCCUGAGGCCGCUGGAAUGUGGAGCGUUCCUCGUGCGCGAGAGUGAGAGCACGCCGGGGGAGUUCUCCGUGUCUGUCAGUUAUGGGGACCACGUGGAGCACUUCAAGGUCCUGAAGGACGGACAGGGUCGCUACCACGUUUGGGACGAGGUCUUCGCCUCUCUGAACCGGCUGGUGGACUUCUACGCCACACAUAGCAUCGCCAAAGAGAGACUGGUCUUCCUCCACAAGCCUGAGAGAUCGCUGGCUAGGCCGUGCCACGCCCGCGCCCUGUGCGACUUCAGGCCGCAUCACGUGACCCAGCUGAGCUUCCUGCGCGGCGACGUCAUCGAACUGCUGGACUGCUCGGACGCUCACUGCUGGAAGGGUCGAUGCCGGGGCCAAGUGGGCGUCUUCCCGCCCCAGUGUGUCCAGCCCAUCUACCACUGA